ACUAACAAAUCAAGUCUUAUCAGUAAGAGAUGAACGCGCCAAAAUGCAAGAAAAAUAAUAGCAUGCAAACACCAUUGGUCCGUUCUUUUAAUCGUUUUAAAGAUUUUAAUAAAGAUAACUUCUCGUGCUACACAAGAAUAGAUGUAUUUACAAGAUAUUUUCUUAUAAAAACCUCUGAAAUUUUUUUCUCUCGAAAAAAAAUAUAAAAACCUCUGAAAUUCUCCUCCCUCGAAAAAAAUAUUCAUCAUUUCCAUCAAUUCAAUAACUUAUAAAAAAACUAUGGUCACUCAUAAUUCUUCAAAUAAUUUUGGUGAUAAUGUCUACGAAUCAUCGCAAACAAUUGUUGCUCAGACGUACGAUACAUAUUUGCCUGCCAUGCCUGUCACAUAUUGCAAUAACGUUAAUAACGCAAUUUCUGACCAACAACUCAUGAUGCCAAACACUAUCUCUCCCAAUCAGCAACCCAAUGUCUCUUCGCCUAAUCAUAAUCAGCGAUAUCAGCAGCCCAAUGUCCCUUCAUCUGAUUAUGAUGCUAACUAUAGUAACGCCAUUUCUAACUAUAGCAAUAACGUCACUACAUCUCCUGAUCAGCAAACCAAUGUUUCUUCACCUAAUCAUAAUCAGCGAUAUCAGCAACCCAAUGUCCCUUCAUCUAGUAAUUAUGAUGCUAACUAUAGUAACGUCGUUUCUAACUAUAACUAUAGCAAUAACGCCAUUAUCUCUCCCGAUCAGCAACCCGAUGUUUCUUCACCUAAUCUUAAUCAGCGAUAUCAGCAACAAAAUGUCGCUUCACCUAAUCAACAGCUCACCAUCUCUUCCGGUUGGCAACCCAUGUCAAACAAUAAUGUCACUACAUCUCCUGAUCAGCAAACCAAUGUUUCUUUGCCUAAUCAUAAUCAGGGAUAUCAGCAACACAAUGUCGCUUCACCUAAUCAACAGCAAUAUGAUGCUAUUAAUAACGUCACCAUCUCUUCCGGUCGGCAACCCAUGUCAAGCAAUAACGUCACUACAUCUCCUGAUCAGCAAACCAAUGUUUCUUCACCUAAUCUUAAUCAGCGAUAUCAGCAACACAAUGUCGCUUCACCUAAUCACCAACAGCAAUAUGAUACUAACUAUCAACAAUACAUUUCUAACUAUAGCAACUAUAGCAAUAACACCACUAUCUCUCCCGGUCGGCAACCCAUUAUGUCAAACAAUAACGCCACUACCUCUCUUGAUCAGCGAACCAAUGUUUCUUCACCUAAUCUUAAUCAACAAUAUCAGCAACACAAUGUCGCUUCACCUAAUCAUCAGCAGCAAUACGAUGCUAAUCAUCAACAAUAUAUUCAUCAAACCGCCAUUUCUAACAACACUGAUUCUUUUAUUCUUGGUCUUAAUCACCAUCACAAUUAUCAACAGCCCAGUGAUAGUAAUCAUCACAAUUCAAACAAUACUAAUCACAAUAAUAAUCAGGAAUCUUCGUCUAAUAAUGAUUCGCCCUCGCCUUCGCUUAACAUUACCAUUAAUUCUCCUCAGACAAAUUUAUUCAUUAUAUCUACUAAUUCGGAUAUUCAGCAAGUUCUUUCUUUUUUGAAUAAUCCUUCUUCAAGAUCUCAACGAUAA